GCCCUGCGUUGUCACGUGUCCAGGUUGUUGUCAAAUGCCUCCACGUCAUUAUCCCGACAAAAGGACCUGGAUGAUGACAGCUGCUCCAUUCAAAUGCCAUUAGACCACAAGAUUAUAUAUAUUUACAUUUGUGUCCAUCUAUAUUAAACGAUUUUCAUAAAUCGUUUUAACUAACAGUGUUUCUAAAACCGUCCUUCUGCACUCGACGUCCCUUCCAGCAGCUUGGAUGUCCUGUCACCGUCGUAGCUGCUCUACCGUCAGCAGACAGGCAGCCUCUUAGUACCGCAUAGUCCAGUUUCUCCCUUAGGUGUUUCUCAAGUCAGCCCGAUGGACAAUACAGAUGAACUCAAAUUCCAAGAUUUUGAAGAGGUAUCCAACCUGCUGUCCUUCGACCCGAAUGCCCCCACGGUGGCGGUCUCUGACUCCCUGGCCUCCCUGGCCUCCCUUUCAGGGGAGGAGGAUGUCAAACUGGACUUAAACGAGGAUGAGGAGGGUCUCGAGAAUUCAAAGCUCUUAGGAGAGACCCCAACUGGAGGCUUCUGGACGUUUGACUACUACCAAUCCUUCUUCAAUGUGGAGACAGUACAGGUUAUGGACAGAUUGAAAGGCUCCGUUAUGCCAAUACCAGGAAGGAACUUCGUCAAAUACUACCUAAGGAACAAACCAGAUCUAUAUGGUCCAUUCUGGAUCUGUGUGACACUGGUCUUCUCAGUUGCUAUCAGUGGCAACCUCUCUACAUUCCUCAGCCAAUUUGGAGACCAGACAUAUCACUACAGACCUCAAUUCCACAGAGUAACCAUAGCAGCGAUAGUCAUCUUCAUGUACGCCUCGUUGGUGCCCCUGUGCGCGUGGGGGUUCCUGACGUGGCGGAGAGGCCCUGAGGGCCCAGUGGGAUGCUACACCUUCCUGGAGACCGUGUGUGUUUAUGGCUACUCCCUGUUCAUCUUUAUCCCGACCUCUCUCCUCUGGAUCAUCCCCCUGGAGUGGUUGCGCUGGCUCUUGAUCCUGGUGUCCACCGUGGUCUCGGGCUCCGUGUUGGUCUUCACCUUCUUGCCCGUCGUGCGUGACCACACCAAGGUGACGGCCGCCACCACUCUGCUGACCAUCUUGGUUCUGCACUCGCUGCUGGCAAUCGGCUGCAAAAUGUACUUCUUUCAUACAGCAGUUCACAUGGCAACACCAGGGACCACGACGCUGCCUAUGAUGACAACCCAAGUGACCCAGGCACACUGAGUGGGCCUCUCUAGUUCUCCCUGCUAUGUGAUCAGCUACUGGUGAUAAACUGUGACUUUGACUCAUCACUUAAGUUUUAUUGUAUUUAUUUUUUUCAUUCUGGUACAUUGCAUGAAUCUAGAUUUGAAUCGACGCAACAUUGUGGUGCAAUUCGUCCUUCCUUUCUAGCACCUUAACAAAAUGCAUAAACAAGACCGCUAUCCUUGUUGCUUUGCAUUCAGCAGAAACCUAUGCAAAGGCAACAAUAUUCCACUUAAAGGGGCAUGGCACUUCACUGACGAAAAGGCAAUGUACCAGACAAUGGAAAUACCAUAACUUCUUUCAAGGUGUGUAAUAAGUUAGACAUUCAAAAUUACUUCACACCGGAGGGAAAUCCACAAAUUCAUUUUUAACAGGGACAUCUAAAUUUUAUUAUUUUCAUAAUGAGUGUAAAUAAACAGAUUAUGAUUCAGUGAAUCCUUGAUGGUUCACCUACUGGUAAGGGCUGUUCUUUGUUUUGGUCAUCACAAAAACAAAAUACCUGUCAAUCAAUGCCAACUAUUGCACUCCCAUUUCUGUUGCCUACAAAUAACCCGGUCACUGCUUAAUAAAAACACUGUUGGUUGAAAGAUGUAAAAAUUGCAUGCACCUUUCUUCCCAAGUUUCUGUGACUUACCUUUGCCAUCUUCACUUAGGAUAGUCGGCAUGCCCACUGUUUGAGGGUGUUGAGUAUACCAUGACGAGAUAAUGUUCCAUUGUUUGACACCUGGACCUAUACAAUGUUUUACCCUGAACACGGGUAAGCCUACAGCCUCUUGGUAAGCCACAGGAUGUUCUCCCACCAGCACAAGACCUCAGGGUAGAUACAGGACGGAUUGGUCCAAGACGAUGAAUGUAAGCUACGCUAAAAAACGGUCACUUAUUCCUCAGCUUAACCUUUGGCAUCGGCAGCCCUUCGGCCAAUGGUGUCCUAUCCACCCGUCUAAAAUAACCGUUAUGUGCAUUUUGCGAGGGAAGGACUUGCCCGCUCAGUUUACUGAAUAGUUUGAGUAUGUGUGUGAAUUGUCUAAAAUACUUGUUUGGACAUAUGGGGCAUGUCAAUGAAAAAACACUCAACAUCGUGAGUGUGUGGUUAUCCAUUAUAGUCUAUAAUACAAAAUAAAAGGUUUAGACCCAUACAACAAUAUUAAAGCUUCCUGGCUGAAU